AUGUCGUGCAUCCAUGGGCAGAGAUGCAGAAGAGACCUUAAUAUUUUCUCGAUUGAAAUUAUCAACUUCUCGUGUCUGACCUGUGAAGAAUGUCAUUGCCAAGGCAUCAGAUGUCUAGCUAGAGUAACAGAGCUCAACAAUGCUCUUAUGGGAUAUGUAACUCCGUAUCCUAAUGCUCUUAACGCCUACAGCAUACUUUGGAAGUACGGUGGUAACGUACCAUCAUAUGGUAUUCCCAAAGAAGAGGCUGUAGCUGCUAACCUCACGCGAUGCGUUCAUUCAGGUGUUUUUAUUAUUCUGUCAACAUAUAUGUUAAGUAUCACUUUAAGCGGGUUCUAG